AUGGACUUUGCAUCUGGGUCAAAUCCCCACGUCAAGCAGCCAAAUCUUCCUCUAUCUGCUCUAUGCAACUUCACGAUCUCCCAUCUCCUGCUCUGGCGAGUCGAAGCUAUUGUGAACGAGCGGAAGCGGUCUGCGAACAAGUCCGCCCUCCUAGCAAAUUAUCACGGAGGUUAUGGCGGGCUUUUCAUCUGCCAAAAAGCGGUGGAGAUCGCUCCGAGCUGGCGGACGGAAUUCAGCGAAGUCCAAGACUCGAGUGUGAAGUGGAUCGUAUCCAGUCGCAACUGGCCGAGCAUCGAGAAGGAUCUUGACAACGCGACGCGGAAAGUAAACCUGCGUCUUGAGCUGAAUGAAGAAUCCGUCUCCGCAGCUGUCACAACAUACGUCCGGGUCAAGGUGGAGGUGUUAGCGAAGCGAAAUAAAUACAGCAAUGACACGCGGGACGAUGUCGAGUGCUACUUGUCUGCGAACGCACACGGCACCUUCCUCUGGGUAGCCUUGGUCUGCAAACAGCUCGCCAACGCCUCAGAAUGGGAAGCUAAGGAAUUGUUGACAACAAUUCCACCUGGACUCGACGCACUCUAUAGACGGAUGAUGGACCAGAUCUACCACUCGAGCCAUGCUAACCUUCUUCAAAGAAUAUUAGCUGUCAUCUCAGUCGUUUGCCAACCGAUUACAUUGGACGAACUGCCGGCACUCGUGGAUACGCCCAACCGCGUUCCUGGCAAUGACAAACAUCUCGCAGAUAUUGUAGGGCGUUGCGGCUCUUUUCUGAAGCUCCGCGAUCGCGAACGCACUAUAUCUUUCGUCCAUCAGUCCGCCAAGGACUUUUUGCUCAAACAGGCGCGCGAUGAGAUCUUCCCUUCUGGGAUAGAAGACGUACACCGUACCAUCUUCUCGCGAUCGCUUGGUGUCAUGGGGAUAACAUUGCGACGCGACAUCUACAACCUUGGCGCUCCUGGGUUCUCUAUCGACAAAGUCAGACCACCCGAUCCAGAUCCGCUCGCCGCAGUACGGUACUCGUGCGUAUACUGGAUUGACCAUCUGCGUGAUUAUGGCGGAUCGAUUGAUACCUUUUUGCGCGAGAAAUAUCUCCACUGGCUUGAGGCUCUCAGCCUCCAGAAAAGCCUAGCAAAUGGGGUAGCUUCAAUGCUGAGCCUUGAGGGUUUGUUUAAGGCAGGAAAAGAGACAUCACAUCUCAUCAAUCGAGUCCGAGAUGCAUGUCGGUUUAUCCUCUACCACAAGUGGGCAAUUGAGAACAGCCCUCUUCAGGUGUACGCUUCCGCACUUGUAUUCAGCCCGGCCCGUAGCAUAACGAGGAAUCAGUUCAAGAAUGAGGAGCCCAAAUGGAUCAUCCGAAAACCGACCAUGGCGGACAAUUGGAGCGCAUGCCUACAGACACUCGAGGGCCAUAGCGCCUUCGUCUACUCCGUGGCCUGGUCGCACGAUGCGACCUGGCUGACGUCGGCGUCAUGCGACAAGACCGUCCAGAUCUGGGAUCCGGCGACCGGCCAGUGCGUGUCGACGCUCGAGAUCGGUCGCACCCUUUACAAUCUCGAGUUUCAUGAAUCUAACCGUGACCUUCUACCGUGCCACGAGAAGGUGCUGGCGUACUUGCCGCCUGAUUACCGCUCCUGCUUUUACCUGCUUAUGUCUCUGGUCCUGUUAUAUGUCUAUGGUCACGCCAGAGCACUCCCGGCCAGCACUCAGAGUCUGGUCUUGUCAAUUUUGCAGAUGUCGAUGGUCCAGUUGCGCCGAGGCGUGACGAUCUGGAAAUAG